UCUGGUGCAGUUCACAACUUUAUUCUUUAUACUUUAUCAUUACCCACUUUGUCUCUGUCGGUUCGUCAUGGACACCCAGAGGUAUCCCAUCAGCGUCGGUUUGAUCGGAGUGAUGCAGAAGGAGGAGAGCAAAAUGUACAUGGCCUCCGUGCUUUGGUCAGACCAGAAUGAGAUUAUAGUUUACAGGUCUUUAAAGGAUUUCAAGAAAAUGCAUAAACAAAUGAAGAAAGCAUUCCCAGGCUCGAAAAAGUCAGACAGGAUCAUCCCCAAAUUUCAAGACAAAAAGGUGAACAUGAGCAUCCAGAAGAAGGGUCCCAACAAGUCACUAGAGCGCCUCAAGUUCUUGCAGAAAUACUGUAAUGAACUCCUGAGCUGCGACCCGAGGGUCACUCAGCAUGCAGACCUCUUCCAGUUCUUCCACCCCAACGACCAGGACCUGCAGCCGGAGUUCGCCAAGAACGGCAUCAUGAUCAUGCCGUCAGACAAUGAAAUCGGGAAUGCAGUAGAGGGCGGUGGCGGUAAAGUGAUCCAGCCGUUCAUCACAGAGACGUACAGAUGCGUAGCAACGUACGACACCAAAGACACCAAGAACAAACCCUUCAAAGUGGCGGUGGAUGAAAAAGUAGAAGUUCUCAUCAAAGACAAAGCAGGGUGGUGGCUUGUUGAGAAUGAAGACAAAAGGAUGGCCUGGUUCCCAGCACCCUACCUGGAGAAGCUACAUGAUGAUGAUGAUGAGGAUGAAGAUGAAAAAGAUGGGGCUUCUGAAAGAGGAAUGCUGUACAUUGCAGUCAAGAGUUACAAGGCCACCAAAGAUGACGAGAUAAGCGUGGCCAUCGGUACAGUGGUGGAGGUCCUGCAGAAGUCGGACAACGGCUGGUGGCUCAUCAGAUACAGUGGUAAAGCAGGUUACAUCCCUACCAUGUACCUGCAGCCCUACAACAACCCUCAUAUGCGCAUGCCAGCCCACCAUGACUAUCGUCGUGCCUCCUCUCCAAUCAUUCCGUCCAACCAGCUCAGCCUCUCACAUGGAAACCUGCUUCAUCCUUCACCCGUCAGAUCUUCCACACCCAGCCAGUACCAACCAUACAGAAAGCCCAGAUCAUACUCUAUUGACAUCAUGUCUGAACAACUUCCUGUUCGGCUGGCAUCAAGCCACGCUGAUAAGCCUGCUAGCAUUCUCACCUCACGUACGACUGGAAAGCUCACCCCUCCGCCCACAAAUAUGGUGGAAAUUUACAGAGAAGAGAGGAGGCGUGCCAUGAGCCUGAGAGCAGAUAGCGAGGAAAGCAAUGUAAGUGACAGCAGCGGCAGCAGCGAUGACCUGAAUUCUUCCUGGGCGAGCUCCUCGUCCUUCAACCUGAGUCAAAGCUACAACGAGGAACAGAUGCGUCUCAGCCGUACACCUCCCCCUACGCUGAACAACCACCUCAGCCCGACAAGCCCACAGGGGGAAAUGAUCCCCAGUGUGUCUGAUCUCAACCUCAACAAGGGCCUGACAACACCUAAGGUGCCACCCAGACCGCAUGCCCAGGAGAUCCUCACCCGGUGUUCCAGCAUCACCCGCAAGAACGCAUCCAGAGGCCGCCUGUCACCCUCACAAACUGAGAUAAUCAGUCGAUGAAGUUUAUAUUGAUAAUUUUUAUUAUUCAGGAACUUAAUCUAUUCUGUGGCCCAAAGAUGGAGUUCUGCGAAUUACAAGAUGCAUUGAGGUGACCAUGUGAAAAUUCAAUACCUAUGGAGUUGUGACUUUUUUUUUCUACUGAAGUUGUGUUGAUAGAAAUGUGUCUUGUUAAUGGUGUUUGUAAAUCUUUGAAGAUAGAUUGCCAAGAAGUAUGCAGAAAAUGUACAAUGUACAAAGGCCUUCAGCAAAAUCAGUAAAUAUAUAUGUAUAUAUAUAUAAACAAGAUGAUUAAUCAGGAAACACUUAAGAGUCAUAAUGCACGUCUAUACUGUCGGUUUUGAAUGAUCCUUUAUUUUCCAUACUGGAAAUCCUUUUAUUGUGCCUUAUAUGCAUUUUGACUUUGAGAGGGAGGUUGAUUGGUUCUCGUGACGGCAAUAAAUGUCUGUGUGUGAGUGUGCGGGCUGUUCUGUUUCCUGCUAAAGCAUGUUUACUGUAAACUCAACUUAAAGAAUAUGAUGUGUGCUAAUAACACUGAAUAUACACUACAGAGUCUGACCAUGUAAAUUAUGGGUGUAUUCACAUGUUACUGAUGAGCUUGUUACAAAUAAAAAUAUUUUUGUGGAACUUGA